AUGACUGGAAAGAGGAAGCGACAGACCCUCAAACCUAAUACCUCUAGGGUUUCAAAACGGCCAUCUUCUUUACCUCCACAGUAUGACUUCUCACCGACGGAUCCAUCUCAGUCCAGCCCACCGGUUCCUGGGAAACAUAAUCUCCCCUCUGUUCGUGACUACCCCCCUCCAAGAAAUCUGUUUCCGACGAUGACCUUUGCUCAGUCUCCUCUCACUCCAGCUGUUGGUACUACUAAAACUCAACAGCGACAAACUCAAUCCAGUGAAAAUAUCAACCCACGUCCACCAUCUCAAGUGCCUCCAGCUCGAGCAUCUCAAUUUAAAAGGAAAGGAUAG